UACGCCAUUUUGUUCCCAGGGGCAGUUGGCGGAAGAGAUCGUGCUCCCCGGUCGCUGCUUGCCUUGUUCCGGGAGUUGCUCUGGCCCGCGUCCCAGUUCCCAGCUUCGGCGUGGGGUUCCCUCCACCAGUAUCCCCUCACCCCGCCUUGGCCGGGGCGGAACAGCGAGGGGGCCCCCCGCUCCAGCCGUCGGCGUUCCAUGGAGUAGGGUCCCGGACCGUUGUGCCGAGCAUCGAGAGCGAGCGGCCGAGCUUUGCCGCGCCCCCACCCCCUCCUCCCCCUCCCUUCCUGCUGCUCCUUCCUGCCCUCCCCGCCGCCUUCCGCCGCAACAUGGCGAACAACAGCCCGGCGCUGACAGGCAGCAACUCGCAGCCGCCGCCGCAGCACCAGGCAGCCGCCGCUGCGGCCCAGCAGCAGCAGCAGUGCGGCGGCGGCGGCGCCAUUAAGCCCGCCGCCUCAGGCAAGCAGGGUAAUGUGCUGCCGCUGUGGGGCAACGAAAAGACCAUGAACCUGAACCCCAUGAUCCUGACCAACAUCCUGUCGUCGCCCUACUUCAAGGUGCAGCUCUACGAGCUCAAGACCUACCACGAGGUGGUGGACGAGAUCUACUUCAAGGUCACACAUGUUGAGCCAUGGGAAAAAGGAAGCAGAAAAACAGCAGGCCAGACAGGGAUGUGCGGAGGGGUUCGAGGUGUUGGAACAGGAGGAAUUGUUUCUACAGCUUUUUGCCUGUUAUACAAGUUAUUUACUUUGAAACUCACUCGAAAGCAAGUGAUGGGUCUCAUAACACAUACAGAUUCUCCAUAUAUUAGGGCCCUUGGAUUUAUGUAUAUAAGGUACACACAGCCCCCAACAGACCUUUGGGAUUGGUUUGAAUCCUUCCUUGAUGAUGAAGAGGACCUGGAUGUGAAGGCUGGUGGAGGCUGUGUAAUGACCAUUGGGGAAAUGCUUCGUUCUUUUCUUACCAAAUUAGAGUGGUUUUCUACUUUAUUUCCAAGAAUUCCUGUUCCAGUUCAGAAAAAUAUUGAUCAACAAAUUAAAACAAGACCUAGAAAAGUCAAGAAGGAUGGGAAGGAAGGAAUUGAAGAAAUAGACCGACAUACUGAACGUAGACGUUCAAGGUCACCAAGAAGGUCAUUGAGCCCAAGACGGUCUCCAAGAAGAUCCAGAAGUAGAAGUCAUCAUCGAGAAGGCCACGGUUCUUCUAGUUUUGACAGAGAACUAGAAAGAGAGAAGGAGCGGCAGCGACUAGAACGUGAGGCCAAGGAGAGGGAAAAAGAAAGGCGAAGAUCUCGAAGCAUAGAUCGUGGGCUAGAGCGCAGGCGGAGUAGGAGCAGGGAGAGGCACAGAAGUCGCAGCCGGAGUCGUGAUAGAAAGGGAGAUAGGAGGGACAGAGAUCGUGAGAAAGAGAAUGAGAGAGGCCGGAGAAGAGACCGAGAUUAUGACAAAGAAAGAGGCAGUGAAAGAGAAAAAGAGAGGGAAAGGUCAAGAGAGCGGAGAAGUAGGAGUGAGGUAGAAGAGAAGAAGCAUAAAGAGGACAAAGAUGAAAAGAAGCACAGGGAUGACAAAAAAGAUUCCAAAAAAGAGAAAAAACAUAGUAGAAGUAGAAGCAGGGAAAGAAAACAUCGAAGUAGAAGCCGAAGUAGAAAUACAGGGAAGCGUAGUCGAAGCCGGAGUAAAGAAAAAGCAAGUAAACAUAAAAAUGAGAGUAAAGAAAAAUCAAAUAAACGAAGCAGGAGUGGCAGUCGAGGAAGAACUGGCAGUGUUGAAAAGUCAAGAAAACGGGAACACAGUCCCAGUAAAGAAAAAUCGAGAAAACGUAGCAGAAGCAAAGAGCGUUCUCACAAACGAGAGCACAGUGAUGGCAAGGACCAGUCUGACAAACAGGAUCGCCGGAGGAGCCAGAGUACAGAGCGAGAGAGCCAAGAAAGGCAGCCUAAGAACAAAGAUGAGACUGUGUGAAGUUUUGGGGGUUUUAUUCUUUUCUUUCUUUCUUUUUUUUCUUUUGGUUUAUUUUGUAAAAGUGGAUCACAUUGAAUCCUAUAAAUGUUUGAUUAAAUCCUGCUUAUUUUUCUUCCUUAAAGUUGAGAUUGUGCAGUAGUUACGCACUCUUCAACCUUAUAUAUAGGCUGCAGAUUUUCAUUUCCCAUUUUGUGUAGGGAAGUGCCUUUGUAAUCCCAUUUAUUGCAUUGACGUUUCCAUCCAUUUGUUGAGUUUAAUUCAUGAUGCAAUGAUUGUUCUUGCAUUUUUAUUGUUCAUUGUUUUUGAAAUGUACAGUCUGUACAUAUGUCCUGAAAAUGUUUUAAUUCCUUUGGCAUGGUUGCCAUGUUGGUUAAAUUUGUAUAAGGCAAUAAACUGCCACUAAUUCUACUUUUGUUUUGUAGAUGUGGGAUUAUGGUUUCUGUACUGAAGUUAGCAUGGCUGUGCUUUGCAUAAUAGGAACUGAAGACUUUCAGGAUGAGUCUUGAAUGUGUAUUAUAACAGAAAUAUUUAUGUGCAUACAAUGUACAUGAAAUCUAGGAUUAUUUUUUUGUUUGUUUGUUGUAUCUUCCCUUGGAAAGCUCUUUUUAAAAUGUAUUACAUUUAGAUUCCUGACAAAGCUACCGUUAGUGUGUAUUUUUGAGAGUUUAUCAAUUUCUGAUGCAGGGUUUUAAAUAAGGCUGCAAUUUAUUUAGUAGUCCCUUUUAGAGUGGUACCUCAAAGGGACAUAGUAGUAAGCCCGGAAUUUAUUCACCUCGUUUUCUUUUCUUUUUUUUUUUUUUGGAAAUUUUUCAUGUCAUGUAACCUCUUUUUUUUUUUUCUUUAAUGCAGUCUCAGAUUUUUUUUUUUUUAAUAUUGAAGGAAAAAAAUAUGCCAGCAGCCUAGCAUUCUUGCAGCAAACCCUACAUAUUAAACCCAUAUGAGAAGAGAGGGAGGGAAAACUUGGUAAAGAAACAGAUUCAAGCCUCAAGCUUCCAAAGCAUUUUUUAUAAAUGGAAAAGUAUUUAAAUUAUGAGAUACCUUGAUAGUGUCCUUUUUUAAAAGUCAUAACAUGUUUUUUAUCAAUACUGACAAUUGCUGUUUGAGUUUGAGAACUUCAUCUAGAAGAGAGAAGUAUUAAAGUAAUGCUAUAAUGCAUUAUUAAAGAAUCAUCAGUCAGCAAAUUAUUUAAUAGGCUGUUCUUAUGACAUGUAUACUGAUUGAGGAGAACCAUCAUGAGUCUGGAAUAAACACUGGAUUAAAUCCUUUAUUCUGGGUGUUGACUUUUCCCCCAUCUGUUUUCACAAACAUUCAAAUGAGAAUUUGUUAAUGGUGGAUCAUUGUGAAACUUGAGUGAAGUAAGCCUUUAACUUUCUACAGUUUAGUAACUUUGCACUAACUAGCAAAAGAAUGAGGAGGAAAGCACACCUGUGACUAAAAGCUUGAAAUACUCUUUGCUGAUUCUAUGUAUUAGCUUCUUUAGCCUAUUCACAAGUCUAAAGCAGUUGGGGAUGUGAAUCACAAUAGGAGUAUGCAUAAUACAUUACUCUUUGACUUUGCUCCUUUCUCCUCCCUCUCUAUACCCUCCUACAUUUUUUUUUACUAUCUUUCUCUCCCCCCACCCCCCCCAAAAAAAAACCCAAAACAAAACAAAAAACACUUUUUUUGGCAUUGUUUUAGAGCCUAGUCCAUCCCUGGCGUUAAGCCAGAAUAAUGGUAAUGUGGAUGAUUUUUAAAUUACAAAUUAAGAGAUUUUAUUAUUUGAUAAGCUAUAAUUUAAUAAUAUGAAAAGUGUUCUGGAUACAGUGCAAAAGUAAAAGGAGAGACAAAGCAUAUAUGAUUAGAUCGAUUAUAUAGUCGAUUAUGAUCUGAAUCAGCUAAGUGUUUAAUCUUUAGAUUGACACCAUCUAAUGUUGAUUACAUCCUAUAUCAUUCCUCAUUUGGAAAAUAGUAAUAAUUUUCAGUCAAGAAUGAAUGACAAAGACAGUUCAAAGUCAUAUGUCUGACUUGUAUAAAUGUUAAGCUUGUAUAUAGUGUUUUGUACUUAGAUCAUAAGCGAUUUUUCUAUGUACUUCCAUUUUAUUGGCUGUAAUGUAACUAGUGCUGUUUUCACUAUGGUAUCUAUAAUGGAAAGAGCACUGAAUUUCACACAUAAACCCUGGGUUUUAGGCCACUAUGAGUGAAAAAGUAAGUUUCUUUGGGCCUCUUUUUUUAAAAAGCAGAUUGAGAAUGUUGGGCCAGAUCUUUCCUGCUUUAGGAUUUUUCUGCAUGUAUAUAGUGAUUUAAAAAAUCAAGUGUUUCAGGCAUUUUGGAUGUCUGUCCAAAAAUGUUACUCCAGCCAUCUCUCAGCAAAAUUUAGGCAUCAAUUAACUGCUCAAAUUAAUGGUGGGGGGGGGGGGUAUAAAUUAUUUUAAGGAAUCUGUUGAUCCAAGUUGGAUAUACUGAGUUAUAUAGUUUCACUGGAACCUAGAGUUAAAGAAGUGUCUGCUAUUUUCCUGUAUAAAAAGAUGGGAAAGUUGUAUAGGUAGUUCCAAAUUUGAAAUAGGUAGAUGGCAGAAGGUACUAUGGGAGCAUGCCUUAAUACCACCAUUCAGAAAAGGUUGUGGUAUUUUCAUUACAGUUUCCUUCAGUUAGAAUCAGUUUUCAGGGUAUGCUUUUUUUUCUAUAGGGCUAGAGUGUAUAUACCAUUAUGCUACAGUUUAGAAUUCUUCAGUUUGGUGAUAAGGAACAGGAAAUCUGAAAAAGCAAGGUGGGAAAGAAAGCUAACAUUUCUUGAUGUCAUGAAAGAAAGAUUGAGUGAAAUUAAAGGUUUGAACUAGAUAAUUUUAGCUUGGGAAAAACUACAGUUCUAAUCAUUUAAGCGCUAGUGUUGUAUCUGUAGAAUAUGUAACUCGCUAGGCUAAUUUUGGACUAUAUGCAUCAAUCAUAAAUUGAAAGGCCCAAUAAUAAUAUUAUAGAUGUUCAGUAAUCACAUUUCUUAACUGUAGGUAAAGAUCCAAAGUCUUCAAGGUGUAAGACAAACAAGUAGAAGCCUAUUGUUGGCAUGAAGUUGGGGGGGGGGAAUGGGGAGGAUUUAGCAUGUCUAAAUUUUGGUGCUACUUUUGAGUAUAGUUUUACUUGAUUCAGCAUUGUAAAUCAGUAGAUGAUGAAAUGUAAGAUUUAAAUUUGGGGUGAUAAGGACAAGAAAGUUCCCAAUAGUUUUUGUGUUUCUGUUUGCUUUAUUGUAAUUUUAAAAGUCACAAUCAAGGAACAUUUAUUAUUGAGCCUUCAAUAUUCUUUGAAGGAAACGAUCCAUUUUGUCCUGUGCAUUUAAAUGAUUCUAGUUAUUACAUACUGUGUAGUUGCUAUGAUUCACAUUUUUUAAAGAGUAGUUUCCAGAAAGACUGGGGAAAGAUACAGUUGUGAAAGUACUAUUUCAUUUCUCAGUCCUUUUCCUGCCUUAUUUAGGGAAUUUCUUUCAUAUAAUUUAAACAGAGCCCAUCUCACAUUUUCAAAUAACUUGUUACAACUUGGGUUUUCAUCUUUUUGGAAAAUGUUAACUUUGCGAUUAAAUUCCCUUCAUUUGUUAGUGUCUCAAAAUAUUGUCAUAUAGUAAGUUUGUUGAGUGUUGCCCUUUUUAGCCGUAUUUAAGUUUAUGAUUUAGUCCUUCUAGGGGGCUUUUUAAUGCAUUUUUUUCAUUAAAAUUAAAGGGGUUUUCACUUGUGAUUAGAAAUAUUUAUAAAUAUCAGUCAGUGUUUAGUAAAACUUAAAAGACAAGUGAAAGAUGAGGUAGAACCAACUGUAAAUAACUCGGUGUAUUUAGGUUGCCUGAGGAACUCAAAUAUUAGGAAGAAUUCUUAUUGAAGGCACAGUGUAGACAUUUUUGUAAAUUGGCAUGGAACAUUUGUACCUAGCCACUUUGACAUGACUCCAUAUUACAAAGUGUUAUAGAUCAAUAAUUGCCUCUGCUGUGUUGAAUGAAAUAUGAUCAUUUUUAUUUUGCCUUGAAAGGCAGGUUUGAAGCUAGGUUUGAAUGGCUCAUGAUUGAGAAAUCUGCAUCAUUUGAAAUAACAAACUUUUUAAUCGAGCUUCCCCAUCCUGCUCCUCACCUCAGACUCUAUUCCUAUCUUCCAAACUGGGUUGCAUCUCCUCUCAAAGGCAGGAGUAACCUUUUUAAACGUUUAAAAAGUGGUAAGAAAGAAAAUUGUUUUUAUUUUUUUAAAAGGCUUUCUUUUUCAACAAGCAUUUAUUAAGUACCUACUCACAUCAGGCACUGUCUUACAUCUGGUGCUACAAUGGUACAAAUAACAGUCCCCUGCCCCCUUGAUGGCUAAAGUUAAACAAAAUCCUGUUUUUCAAAAAGUACUUAAGUAGAUCACAAGAUUUAUUGAAUUUGGAAAGCCAGCUUGCACACUUGUAAUUUAUGCUCACAUUGAAUCAUUAUUACUAUCCUUAAUCCCAUUCCCUCCCAUCUCUUCUGGUACUUUUUCCAGUUGCUAAAAUUGAAUGUCUCCUCACUACCCAGCCUUAAAACUCUGGUCAAGCCUUUCCUAUAUGAAAACAAAUUCCUUUAGUCCUGCUGUUACCUAAAUUAUUGACCUAUCUUACUUUCACUGCCAACUUUUUGGAAAUGCACAACCUGCCUCCAUUUGGGGGAGGGGGGGGACAAUGAGGGUUUUAAGUGACUUGCCCAGGGUCACACGGCUAGUAAGUGUCAAGUGUUAUGAGGCUGGAUUUGAACUCAGGUCCUCCUGAAUCCAGGGUUGGUGCUUUAUCCACUGCGCCACCUAGCUGCCCCUGCCUCCAAUUCUAAAAGCUCUUAUUGUAGUCAUCUAUUAGCUACUGUUAUUCCAUUUUAUACUUUUUCUCAACUGCUAUGGCACUGUAUUCUAGAUUUCUCUUCUGUAGCUUUGCCUGCUUUGGCUCUGCCCCUCUUCCAUUCUGUCAUUUUCACUUAUACUUUCAUCUUGAUCUCAUCCAUUCCCAUAGCUUCAGGCAUCUUUUCCAGGCUUCAGCUCAUUAAUGACUGAUAAAGGCUUGGUUAGGAUGCUCUGAAUUUUUGGCUGAUGCAAGGUAGAAGGAAUGGAUAGUUAAUAUGGGUUACAGAUCUAAAAAUCUCAGCCCAGGCUAAAUCUUAUGAUGGAAGUUUAAUAGAAAUGAAUAUGAAGUCUUGCACUUUGAUUUCAAAAAUAAAGUACAAGAUAAGGCAAGUUUUUCUAGAUAAUUCAUUUGUAAAAGCUGAGGAUUUCGGUUGGAUUGUAAGGUAAACAUGAGUCAAGUGCAUAUGGGACUAGAACAGUGUUUUUAGUUGCGUUUUGUUGUACUUCGCCUAGAUUGGACAUCAGGAUUAUUUUGUUUUCAGCUCUUGUGUUCCACUAUUUUUAGGCAGGACUCAGAAAUAGAGCAUCCAGGGAUAGUAUGGUAAAGGGCCUCAAGACCAUGUAUUGGUCGAAGGAACUAGAGAUGGAGGACCUUUCAAGGACUUUCAGUGUUUAUUAAAAGUAACUAUGUUACCAUGCACUGGAGAUAGAAAAACUCAAAAAGUCUUCCCAUGAGGAGUUUAUAAAAGGACUAGAUUUGGUUUGUUUAUUGUCAGAGGGCACAAUUCAAGUUGGUGGGUCUUAGAUCUAGGGCUGGAAGGAACUUUAGAGACCAUCCAAUCCAAACCCAUAAUUUCACAAUUGAACAAACUGGAUAAAUGACUUUCCAAAGGCCUUCAAGGUAGUAGGUAGCAGUUCUGAACUCAGGUUGCAAUUGUACCACACUGCAAGACAGAGCUAACCCAAAGUGUACUGAGCUGUUGGGAGAGGUAGUAGGUUAUGACUGGAGGUCCUCAAGUAAUGGCUGGAUGACCACUUGGAUCUGUUUUAGAAAGGAUUGUUAUUCAAGUGUGUUUUGCCCUACAUGUUUUUCUGAGGUUCUUUUGAGAAAAGUGACUCCUAAAUGUAGGAUUCUGUCUUCAACUUACACACACACACACACACACACACUUAAUUGUAGCUGACAUGCUCUAAAGUUUGAAAAACUAUGCCAAUCUCAUUUGAGGCUCACAACAGACUGUGACAGAGGUGCUAGUCUUCCUCAUUUUAAAGAUUAACCUUUAAGCCUGGAUUUCCAUAAACAAGUUUUCACCACAUGUUCCUUAUUCCAAGUCCAUCACUAUAUUCAAUAUGCCGUGCUGCAGCAACCUACCUGAUGGGUUAUUUACCUCACAAAGUUGUUAAGGAAAGUUGUAUAGCACUUAAAGAAUGAAGUAGGGAUAUUAUGAGUAUCGUAUUAAAUAUCUGUUCUCCUGAACUGGCACCUCAGAUGCCACUGACCUCAAAGUGAACUUCGAUCCUAGACUCAGAAGAGGUCUUAGAAAUCAUCUAAUCCAUCUUGUCCCUUAAUAUAGGAGCUGCCUACAACAUCCAUAACACAUGCUCAUCCCAGUCUGUUUGAAGACCUUCAAUGAUGAACACUUUUUCCUGAAUAUAUAUCCCACUUUGGGGCAGCACUAGUUAUUGGCAAGGUUUUUCUUUCUAUUUGUCUCUGUAACUUAACACUGAUUGCUCCUAAUUCCGCUCUUUAGGGACAAAUUCCGCUCUUUAGGGACAAGUAGAAGGCAGCUAGUCCCUCUUCUAGGUGGCAGUUCUUCAAAUGCUUGAAAAUAGCCAUCAAGUCUUUUAAUCGUUGCAAAUUGCAACCCAUGUGAGCUUUUAAAGCCAGCCUAAUUCUAGUUCCUUUAUAACCAUAAAUAUACCAUAAAGGAUCUACUCACCAUGUCAAAGACCUUCCUCUGCAUCUUUUGACAUUCUGUGGGUAUCAGUGCAGAACUUGGGAUAUCCAUACUUGCUCAUUAAAUGAUUGGUCUACCUUUUCCAAUCAUAUUCUUUGGAUCAUAUUUCAUACCCACUGUGCUUAUACCUCUCUUACCUAAAACUACAUCACCUAAAAUCUUGAUUCUUAAGAGACUGAUCUGUUUGCAGCUUUAUGGCAGCAUUAGAAUACUGACGUUAAAAAGAUGGAUUUUCAUGUCGAGAUCUUUGGAAGUGCAACAUAAUUUUCCAUAAACUAUCCCAACCCGACUCUACAUUCUGUUCAAUUCUACUCUCAGAUCAUUGUGUCUCUGCAGUUCAUAUCCUAGAUCUACUGAUGGACUAACUCAAUGGACUGC